GGGGGGGGAAUGGGACACCUUUAGCACAUAAUAUCCAAAUAUCCUUAUUGUGUUUUAAACAAUUAACAAUGGUCUAUAAGAGUCGUGAGGAUAACAAUGGUCUAUAAGAGUCGUGAGACUGUUUGUGGAAAAACUCAGCAAGAACAUGAUAUAAAUCUGCGGAAGUUCUUGGAGACCGCUGAGAAGUGCAACCUCACAUUUAACGAUAGCAAGUGCACAUACUCUACCGACACCAUUGACCUCCUGGGUUACCGUAUAUCCAAGGGCACGCUAAAACCCGAUCCGGAACGUAUACAGCCUUUAUUAAAUCUGCCAAUUCCAGACAAUCAAAAAGCUUUACAAAGAGUGAUCGGCAUGUUUGCGUAUUACGCACAGUGGAUACCCAAGUAUUCAGAUAAAAUCAAGCCAUUGGUUCAAAACAAAGAGUUUCCACUAAAGCAGAGUGCCUUGGAAUCCUUCGAAGAACUAAGGGAAAAAUUGGCUAAAAUAACACUCGAAGUUAUUAGGGAAGAUAUUCCGUUUACAAUUGAAACUGAUGCAUCUGAUAUCGCAGUUUCGGCAGCACUGAAUCAAAAUGAGAAGCCAGUGGCGUUUUACUCGCGCACGUUAAGAGCAAAUGAAAUCCGCCACUCAAGUGUUGAAAAGGAGGCCACUGCUAUCGUGGAAGCUAUUCGUAAAUGGAGCCAUCUACUACUGGGGCGACGUUUCAAGCUGGUCACAGACCAAAAAUCUGUUGCUUUUAUGUAUGACAAUCAACGUCAUAAUGAAGUACGUCGAACCGUUGCCGGAUGCAAAGUUUGCGCAGAGAUUAAACCAAAAUUUGUUAAGCCGUCUCCUGGCCGAUUAAUAAAAGCAACACAACCGUUCGAGCGUCUAAGCAUCGAUUUUAAAGGCCCACUACCGUCAGCGACCAAGAACCGAUAUAUCCUCACGGUUGUUGAUGAAUAUUCCCGUUUUCCAUUCGCCUUUGCCUGUUCAAGCAUGGAGUCAAGAAUAGUGAUACGAUGUUUAAGUCAACUCUUUGCCAUCUUUGGAUUACCGUCAUAUAUUCACUCAGAUCGGGGAAAAUCCUUUCUAUCAUCAGAGAUCUUACAAUAUCUAAACAGUAAGGGCAAAUCUACCAGUAAUACCUCCAUUUAUAACCCCCAGGGCAACGGACAGUGUGAACGAUACAAUGCUAUAAUCUGGAGCGCUGUGCAAUUAGGGUUAAAAACCAAAGGACUUUCUGUCAAUCAAUGGGAGGUAGUAUUGGCAGAUGCUCUUCAUUCAAUUCGAUCCCUUCUCUGCACGACGACAAAUGCAACACCCCAUGAACGCUUAUUUAAUUUCCAACGUAAGUCCUCAGUCGGUAUGUCGACGCCCUCUUGGUUGAGCUAUCCAGGACCGGUAUUAGUAAAGCGUCAUGUGCGUUCUAGCAAAUAUGAUCCAUUAGUCGAGGAGGUUCAAUUGGUCCACGCCACUCCAAACUAUGCCCAAGUCCGAUACAAAGACGGUCGUGAAGCAACCGUGUCACUCCGAGACGUGGCUCCAUUUCCGGAAGUCGAUGUGCGGGAGAAGAAUACCCGGGGAUACAGAAUCAAAACGUCGAAGAAGGCCCCCCGGUGGUUGCUGAUGAAGUCGAACCGCCACCAGUUGCGGACAAUUUACUUGUCGAAGGCGUAGAUAAUGCGCCCCAAACGUCGGACACGAACGAAACACUGCCUACUGAGCUCCGUCGAUCUAGCAGACAAAGACGGGCUCCUGACAGAUUCCAUUAUUAAUUGUGUACCUUUAUUAAUGUACGUUUAACUGGGUGCAGACGUUCGUGUUUUUUUUUUGUGGGGGAGAAUGUGUUAGUAAUUUACCGCUAACUCGUUUCGCCUCGAUAACAUUCCGGCGCUUUUAUUCCUGUUGCUGAGCCGAGUAAUUAACGCUUUUGUUGUGUCGUGUUGUGCGCACAGUCACCAGUUAGUUUAAUUGGUACUGCAGUAUAGUUUGGUUGUAUAGCGUUUACUUUAGGUUUAUUAUGAUGUAUUAUAUCGUUAUUAUAUGUCUGUAGAUAUCCAUCGUUUUAGUUUGUUAAACCCAAAUAUAAUAAGUUAC